GGCAAAAUGGGUGCCCUUAAGUACCUCGAGGAGCUUUCGAAGAAGAAGCAGAGCGAUGUCGUUCGCUUCCUUCUCCGGGUUCGCUGCUGGGAGCUCCGCCAGUUGAACGUCAUCCACCGUGCCUCGAGGCCCAGUCGCCCCGACAAGGCUCGCCGCCUCGGCUACAAAGCCAAGCAGGGCUAUGUCAUCUACCGCGUGCGUGUCCGCCGUGGUGGCCGCAAGCGCCCUGUCCCUAAGGGUGCGACCUAUGGCAAGCCCACCAACCAGGGUGUGAACCAGCUUAAGUACCAGCGCUCGCUCAAGGCCACGGCCGAGGAGCGUGUCGGCCGCCGCUGCGCCAACCUCCGCGUCCUGAAUUCGUACUGGAUUAACCAGGACUCGACCUACAAAUACUAUGAGGUCAUCCUCGUCGACCCCCAGCACAAGGCCAUCCGCCGCGACCCCCGCAUCAACUGGAUCGUCAACCCCGUCCACAAGCACCGCGAGGCCCGCGGCCUCACCGCCACCGGCAAGAAGUCGCGCGGCCUCAACAAAGGCCACCGCUACAACAAGACCCGUGCCGGCCGGAGAAAGACGUGGAAGCGCCACAACACCCUCUCUCUCUGGCGCUACCGGUAAGCGUCUCGAGGGAGACGAUCGUGAUGAACUUCGCGGCUUGGACGGUGUCUCGGCUCUGUUUCUCGUGGCUCGCUC